CUACUCAUUCGUAAACUUGAACGUUUUGUUUUCUGUGUAAUUUUUAUUGGACAUUAUGUUUUGUUUUUUCUUACUUGGCUGGUGAAUAAGGGUUUUCUUUGUGGAAAUAAUUUGGGAAAAUCAGCGAAAUAUAGCGAUGGAUCAGCCUAAUGAUUAUUUUCGCUAUAUUUACAGUUCAUCAUUAAAUGAAUUGGUGCAAAUAAAAAUUGGUACCCUAGAGGGGAAGAAAAAACGCCAACCAGAUUAUGAAAAACUACUCGAAGAUCCCAUAUUACGUUUCUCCGGUCUCUAUUCCGAAGAAUGUCCUUCAUUUCAGGUGCGCCUACAAAUUUUCAAUCAGGGUCGACCCUAUUGUCUUCCGGUUACCACCUCAUAUAAGGCAUUUACCAAACGAUGGAGCUGGAAUGAGUGGGUCACGUUACCUUUGCAAUUUUCCGAUUUACCAAGGACAGCAAUGUUGGUGUUGACCAUACUGGAUUGUGCUGGCGCUGGUCAGACAUCAGUUAUUGGUGGAACAUCGAUAUCAUUGUUUGGUAAAAACGGUAUGUUCCGUCAGGGCAUGUACGAUUUGCGUGUGUGGCUUGGCGUUGAGGGCGAUGGCGGUAAUCCUUCAAAAACUCCCGGUAAGGGUAAAGAUUCUUCGAAAUCACAAAUGCAACGUUUGGGUAAAUUGGCGAAAAAACAUCGUAACGGUCAGGUGCAGAAAGUCGAUUGGCUGGAUCGUUUAACAUUCCGUGAAAUAGAGCUAAUCAAUGAACGGGAAAAACGAAUGUCUGAUUAUAUGUAUUUAAUGAUUGAAUUUCCCACAGUGGUCGUUGAUGAUUGUUUUACGUAUUCCAUUGUCUAUUUUGAGCCAGAGGGCGAUAAAAACUAUAAAUUCCUCAAUAAACCAAAGUUAGUAACAGUUCCAGAUUCCGAAAUAUUGCAGGAAAAUCUCGUCGAAAGAAAACAUCAUCGUCUGGCUCGUUCUGUAAGGUCUCGUAUAUCUGAUCGUGAUGCCAAACCAACAGCAAGCAUUCGUGAUCAAUUACACACAAUCGUCUAUCGAUAUCCACCAACAUGUGUGUUGAAUAGCGAAGAACAAGAUUUACUGUGGAAAUUCCGUUUCUAUUUGAGUUCUCACAAAAAGGCAUUGACAAAAUUCCUAAAAUGUAUCAAUUGGGAGACACCCGGAGAAGUAGAGCAGGCCUUAAUACUUCUAAACAAAUGGGCUCCCAUGGAUGUGGAAGAUGCCUUGGAGCUGUUAAGUCCAAGUUUUAAACAUCCUCAUGUACGCAAAUAUGCGAUUAGUCGCUUGGCACAGGCACCAGACGAAGACCUGCUACUGUAUUUAUUACAACUCGUACAGGCUUUGAAAUAUGAGAAUUUUUCGGAUAUUAUAGAAUCGCACAAACGACUGUUUCCUGACCGCGACAUAGUACGUUCAUUGGAUGACAAUUCUACGUUGUUUGAUCAGAGUUCCUUGUGCUCGGAAUUGAGUGUUGGAGGUGGUGGUGGUGGUGUGGGCGGUGGAAGUGUUGGUGGCACAAUGGGUAGUACAUCCUCCGUUUUAAUUGCAACUCAACGUAGUGGCAUACAACGUCCCGGUGUUCAAAUAGAACGUUCCACAACAAUGCCCAUGGCAAUAUCUGUAAAUUCUUCGCUGGCCGAUGACAAUGAGACCUCAAUAGGUUCCCUACCAUCCGAUGUAUCAAAUACUUUGAUGAGUGAUAAUAACACAAAUGUCCAAUAUUCAACCAUGACCACCAAUACCGCAACUAAUCUAGCCACAUUCCUAAUACAACGGGCCAGUAGAAACCCCACAUUGGCCAAUUAUUUGUAUUGGUACCUCUCCAUAGAAGUGGAAGAUUGUGAAUCGAUUCGCAAGCAAGACGAAAGUGUACAUGAAAUGUAUGAUAUGGUAUUGAAAAUGUUCCUUAAAGUUUUGGAGAAUGGUAAUUUCUAUUUACGUGGCAUAUUCUAUAAUUUGAGAAAACAACAACGUUUCAUCGACGAGCUGGUACGUUUGGUGAAAAUUGUCGCCAAAGAGCCGGGAAAUCGUAAUAAGAAAACGGAGAAAUUCCAGAAAUUAUUAUCAGAGGCAGAUACGUUUAAAAUAAAUUUUACAAAUUUCGAGCAAAUACCAUUCCCCUUGGAUCCGGAGAUUUAUAUAACGAAGAUUGUGCCCUCGAAGACAUCGUUGUUCAAGAGUGCAUUGAUGCCAGCAAAAUUGACAUUUGUUACAUCGAUCGCUCAACAUGAAUAUGUGGCAAUUUUUAAACAUGGUGAUGACUUGAGGCAGGAUCAAUUGAUCCUACAAAUGAUUACACUGAUGGACAAAUUAUUGCGGCGGGAAAAUCUAGAUCUCAAAUUGACACCUUACAAAGUUUUGGCAACAAGUUCAAAACAUGGUUUUCUACAGUACAUCGAUUCCUAUACAGUGGCUGAUGUUUUGGCACGAGAAGGCAGCAUUUUGAAUUUCUUUAGGAAACACAAUCCCUGUGAUUCGGCACCAUAUGGUAUUAUGCCGGAAACCAUGGAUACCUAUAUAAAAAGUUGUGCUGGCUAUUGUGUCAUUACCUAUUUGUUGGGUGUGGGAGAUCGUCAUUUGGAUAAUUUACUUUUGACCACAAAUGGCAAACUAUUUCACAUAGAUUUUGGUUACAUCCUCGGUAGAGACCCCAAACCAAUGCCACCACCCAUGAAGCUAAGCAAAGAAAUGGUUGAGGCGAUGGGUGGUGUCACAUCGGAACAUCAUCAUGAAUUUCGCAAACAAUGUUACACUGCCUAUUUGCAUUUGAGACGUCAUGCAAAUGUUGUCUUGAAUUUGUUCUCUUUAAUGGUGGAUGCUUCGGUGCCCGAUAUUGCUUUGGAACCCGAUAAGGCAGUUAAAAAAGUAGAAGAUAAUUUACAAUUGGGUCUAACCGACGAAGAAGCUGUCCAACAUUUGCAAGGCCUGUUGGAUAUUUCGAUUACAGCUGUUAUGCCUGCUUUGGUCGAACAAAUUCAUAAAUUAGCGCAAUAUUGGCGUAAAUAAAAUAAUCGACUACCAUUAGUGUUUUUUUGUUUAAGCGAAUUUGUUAAAUUAUAAUUAUGCUAUUAAAUAUGUGUAUUAAAUGAUAUGAUAUAAAAUAUAUAAUUACUUAUAUAAAAGUAUUGAAAAGUGUACAAUUUAAAAUAA